AUGUGUAUGGUUAUAUUUGCUCCGAUUUUUGCCAUCUGUGCUUUUGCAACAUGUGGAGGAUACUAUGGUCAUCUCCAGGUUAAAGUGGACUGUGCAGACAGGAGGCAGAAUAACCGGAGCAUCAACAUUGAUUUUGGCUAUCCUUUCAGAUUACAGCAAGUGCAUUUUAAGGCUCCUUUGUGUAAAGAGAACAGAGAAGAGAUUAUUUUCCUGGAAGGUGACUUCUCCUCAGCUGCUCAAUACUUCGUGACCGUGGGUGUCUUUGCUUUCCUGUACUCGCUGUUGGCAACCAUUGUCUAUGUCUUCUACCAGAACAAGUACUUGAAGAACAACAGAGGUCCGCUUGUGGAUUUUGUUGUUACAGUCAUCUUCUCCUUCAUGUGGCUGGUCAGCAGUUGUUGUUGGGCCAAAACGCUUUCUGAUAUAAAGGCAGCCACAAACCCAACACAGGUGCUUCUUCUCAUCACUUCCUGUAGAGCUCAGGAAAACAAAUGUACAGCUACAGAGGAGCCUCUCUGGUCACGUCUUAACACAUCUGUGGUCUUUGGUUUUGUUAAUGUUGUCCUUUGGGCUGGGAAUAUUUGGUUUGUCUUCAAAGAGACCGGCUGGUACAAGACUGGUCAGAGAUAUCCGACCAGGAGUGCAUCUGGGAAACGUUCAGGCUCAAUGCGACAGCGGCUCUACAGUGAGAGCAGCUUCGAUCAGCCAGAGGAGAGCUUUAGUCCCUCCAGACAGAACAGUUUCAGUCUGUCAAAGGGAGAUUUUGAUCACCAGGUCCAGAGGCAAGCUAGCAUCAACCAGUCACAGGUAAGCUUCAGCUUACCACAGACUUAUCUUGGUAAACCAGUAAUUUAUGACAAAGGGGAUAAAAUUGCUUCUCAAGGGCCGAUGAUAUUUAUCAAUGAGAUGUGA